UUUUUUUCUUACUUUUUCCACUUUUUUUUUCAACAAAGCGUUUCAACUUUUUUUUUUUUAUUGUAGAAGGAAAGAGAACAAAUAAGAAAAAAACCAAAUAAUAAUAGUAACACAGGAACGAUGGAUUAUCUAGGUUCCCAUCUUCAGGAGAGUGCACGUCGUGCCGCUGGAUCAUUUCUCAGUCCAUUGACAAACGCAAUAGGCGAGCAACGUCGAUUGAUCGACAGUCUUGCUGUUGUCUCCAAAGUCCGUGUUGAGGAGUGCAAGCAUAUGAUGGUUUGGAGCAAAGCUCAGACUGAAGACCUUGGUGAUGUUCUAUUGAAGCUCAACCUACUCAUCCGAAAGAUCAGUGACUAUGAAAUCCGGUUUGGAACCCAAUAUGAAUCGUUCCGUGAAAAGGUCAAAUAUCUGCGGACAAAGGACGAUUCACUUUGUGAAAUGGGCCGUCGUCAAGUCGAACUCCAGAACAAGAUCUUGGAUGCAUCGAAGAGUCGUUUGCGCUCGGCAAAGGCCAUGUUGUUACAAAAGGAACUGGAUGACAUUCAAAGGGAUAGUGCACCCACAGAGACAAAAUUACAGAAGUUGAAACGAGAACUCAUCAAGGGUGCAUAUACUGAACAAUUGAACGCUAUCAUUGAGCUCGGCAAAAAGAUGCAGAUCAUUGGAGAACAUGGCAAACAGUUGUUGGAGCAUAUUGACUUACCAAAUGGUCAGAACGAUGAUCGCAAGACGGAGGAUAUCCUUCAGUCUGCUCGUAUUGCGCUUGAAAACUGGGAUAAACUAGUCAUGGUCGAACCGCAUCCAAUAGUCGUUCAUCCACCUCCUCCCCAUCCUCCCAGAUCAUCCACUCAAUCUUCUAUCGCCAGCAGUGUACUUUCGCUCGCUGUCUCAGCAACGCCCUCGAACACACACUUAGACUCGGACGCUUCUGAUAAUGAUGAAGAAUUUGUACCUGCCCCUUCCACUCCACUCAAGAGCAAACCGUCGGUAGCACUGUCGACAUCCGAUGAUAGCGUCUUACUUUUGCAAGAACAAAGCGUAAAGUCAAAAAAGCCUGAAGUCGAAGUUGCACUCAAAUCACCCCCAACAUCAGCAUCAGAACCAGCACCAGCACCAGCAUCAGAACCAGAACCAGAACCAGCACCAGCACCAGCACCAGCACCAGCACCAGCACCGGUAGAAGUCACAUCUACACCUGAAUCUGAAUCUGAAAAUGAGUCUGAAGUUGAAUCUGAAUCUGAAUCUGAAUCCGAACCAGAACCUAAACCUGAGGUCGCAGCGCACCAAGUAAAAGCAAAGGAGGAGCCAGUUGAGGCGGAGGAAGAAGAAAAAGAAGAAACCCCCAAAGUGCCAACGCCAGAAACCCAUCUUAAUGUCGCGUCCUUUGGGUCAACGCUCGUGCCAAAACUUACUCUUACUCCAAACAAGAACAAGGGCUCAACAUCGACUCCACCAGGACCUGCUCCUUCAGAUUGGGCUGCUGAAGCCACUGAGGCUUUGGCCAGUAUCCAGCUCAAAAAACUUGAAGAGAUGAUGAAAAAUGACACCUCUGCUUCCGAGGCUGAGACACUUCGUCGUCUGGAAAAACUCGAGUUGAAACAGGCUCUUGAGCUCAGCCUUACAGAAUCCACGAAACCCCAGGUCCAGAGCGAUAACGGAGAUCUUCAACUCAGUGCAGAGGAAAUCCGGUUUGUGAUGGGCGAUAUCGCUCCUAAAAGGUCUACUAAGAUUGCAAAGAGACAGCCCAGAGGCCCUGAAACAGAUGGCUUAGCACCUGUCGUAGUUGUCCGUCCUGGCUCCAGAAGAAAAUCCAAGAAAACUGCUGGCUCAAAUGUUUCUGUCGACACAGAAAAGAGUGCAACAGACGGAGAAUCAGAACAGGCCCUGGAAACACCCAAGGCUUCGAAACCGCAGCGUAUUGUCCGUGGACCUCAGGCAGCUGAACCCGAAGGCAAUAAAGUUUCUCAACAAGGACCUCGUCCUUGGGUUCCAGGUGAAGGUGAUGAGGAUGAUGACGACAGCGAUGACACAACGUCUGAAACGUCAACAGUAGAUCUACAAGGACCUGAAGAACUAGCUAACUCCACAGACGUUGUAGAAACUAUGGGUGAGGGCGAUCAUGGAGCAUCCAAAAAGAAAUCUGCAAGCCAGACAAAGGUACUUGAAAGUUUAGGUCGUGAACCCGAGAGACCUCUGGAAAGUAUGGGACCUGAGCCCGAGAAGACGUAUGAAAGCAUGGGAUCCGAACCCGAGAAGACGUAUGAGAGCAUGGGCGACGACGGUCGCGUCCCAACCGACACUUCGUCGAUGCCUUCUGCCUCAACUACUAGAUCCAACACCACAGCAUCAGACAUGUCUGUGCCGUAUGUGCCAAUGCCUCAGGUGCCCUCACUGGAAGAGAUUCGCCAACAAAAGAUACUUUUGAAGCAACAGCAACAGCAACAGCACCAACAGCAACAAAUGGCUGCGUAUGGUCUCUCUCCCGAGCUACAGUACCUUCAACUCCAGAGCUCUCCUCAGGCCAUGAAUCAGCAGCUACAGGGAUAUCAAGGACACGGCUCGCCACAGACGCCUCAUAGUUCGAUUUAUACUGCAUCACCCGCUCAGACUCAUAGUCGUGUGGGCAGUAACUACCAAACUCCUAACUACAAGCCCUCAACAGCAUAUGUCCCUCAAGCAUCUAAACAAAAGAAUCGACUAUCAGGGUCACAUACUGGCUCCUCUGGCUCCUCUCCUCAGCCCCAGCACCAGCAGCAAUACUCCAACCAACAGUACCCGCAACAGCAACAGCAUCACCAGUAUAUUCAGCAACAGCGACAGCAACUUCAGGACUUUUUCUACACUCCCUAUGAACAGGAAUAUCAGCAACAGCAGUAUCAACUAUAUCAUCAGCAACUUCGUGAACAACAGCAUCAGCGUCAAAGCUCGGUUUCGUCUGUUGGAAGCAAUGCCAGCGCUCAGAGCAGUAUUGGAAUUGCACCCUUGGGCUGGAACUUGCCAGGUAUGGCCCCUCCCCAGAUUACAGAUGAUGACUUGAGAUAUUACCAGCAACAGCAGCAGCAAAAACGACAACAGCAACAGUACCAGCAUCAUCAACGUACACCAUCUACUGCUGAAUCAGUUCAUAGUGAUCAUGGUGGCAAUGUUUAUCCCGUAUCAUCAGGCGUUCCUUCGCCAUCACCAUCGCAUAUUUCAUUGAUCCCAGAUAAUAACAGUGUUUCAUCUGCAGUUCCUUCGCCUGUCAUGGCUUCUGUUGCGCCUCUGACGCCUCAAAAGCAGCAGCAGCAGCAGCAGCAACAGCAGCAACAACAACAGUCGCAAUUGAGUCCAAGUCCAGAUGAUUACAAAGUCGAAGUCAAGUAACCAAAAGUCAUGAAAUGGAUCUUUAAACUAUAUAUCAGUAAAAAUAAAGAGAUAGCAUAAUUAGAAUAAGCUUGCUUCAUAGGAUGUAGGAUGAAAAUAUAAAACAGAAAAAAGAAUCCUCU